CUUAAUUCCCAUCCUGCCACAGUGUUAGGUAUUUUGUUCAUGAAAUAUUAGUUAAAACUGAACUGAGUGACCUUAAUUCAUCCUUAGAACCCUUUGAGACGUGAGCUUAUCACUUCUAUUUUAUAAGUGAGGAGCUUGAGGCUCAGAAUUGAAUAAUUUACACUCACAUAACUGCUAGGUGGCAGAAUUGGGACUGUAAUCCAGGCCUUCUGAUUCUAAACCACAGACUUACUGAAAUUGUGCCCCAUUCCCUCUAGUGAUGUUUGUCUGGGCCCUAUCUUCUUCAGCAUAUCAAUUGAAUAUCUUAGGUAAAUCUAAAGUUAGCAAAGAUCACACUUCGCUCUAAGCGCAUGCGUCCUUUCUUUCUCUCUUGGUUAGAAACUAAUGAACGCGUCUUUUCCUUCCGCUUUGCCGUUCUUUUGGCCCCAGCGAGUCGCCAUCAGCCGGGUGGGGGCGUUCAGUAACUGAAGUGAUGGCGACGGGGACGCCGGAUUCGCAAGCGCGAUUUGGUCAGUCUGUGAAGGGGCUUCUCACUGAGAAGGUGACCACCUGUGGUACUGACGUAAUCGCGCUCACCAAGCAGGUGCUGAAGGGCUCCCGGAGCUCCGAGCUGCUAGGCCAGGCAGCUAGAAACAUGGUACUACAGGAAGAUGCCAUCUUGCACUCAGAAGAUAGUUUAAGGAAAAUGGCAAUAAUAACAACACAUCUUCAAUACCAGCAAGAAGCUAUUCAGAAGAAUGUUGGUCAGUCAUCAGAUCUACAGGACCAGUUGAAUCACCUGUUGAAAUAGCAUGUAACAGCACAAAAGCACUUCUUUGCCUGAUGCUGAGGAGGAAAUACCUUACCAUAGUCAUUAUGCUGUGGGUUGAUUUUCCACUUUCUUCUCCAAAAGUUACAAAAGAAAAGACUUGUGAUGAUGUACAGUUUAUCCUGAACAGAAGCUUGGUGGCUAAAUUUUGGAAGCACUUCUUGAAUUUUAAUAUCAAAAUUAGUUUGAUAUUAAAGCAGAAUUAAAAGACAUCUUAGUUUUUUCCAUAGAACUUUUAAUAUGUCAAAAGUCUUAUUGUCUAAAUGUGAUUCUUAAACAAACACUGAGUGAUAUUUUAAAUUCAGGAAUAGAGCUUCUAAUGUGAUCACAUAAGAAUGAUUAACAUUCCUUUCAAAGACUGUUUUAUUCUUUUAUUAAUGCAUUUGCAAAAUAUUUUAAUUUCAUAGUCACAGAAUGGUGCUAGAUAAUACUUGUUUUCUUUUCUGGUAACUCAGAGGAGGUACUUGUUUUAUUUGUUGCAGCAAAUUCCUAAAUGAGAGGCAAAUGGUCUCAUAUCUGGCCAGCUGCAACUUCCUGCCUUGACCUGCAUUCCUAGGGUUUCUUUGUCUUUGUGACUCUUGAUUAAGUGGCCUUGGGUUCAUUUUGUAAUUUUGUUAAUCAUCAGCAAAUUCAUUUGUAUGACCUUAUUGUCAAAUGUGAAGGCAGUUGAAUUACUGCAAGUGAUUGUGGCAAAGAGUUGUGCCAUGAUGAUCUUAUGUUUGUAGAUAUUUACCUAUGUUCAUUAGAUUCAUCUUGUUAAAUGGCAUUAUUAUCAGUCUAUGGUCAAGUCUGUAUAUCUUUACUCUGCUUGAAUUCAAAAUCUGACUCAAUCCUGUUCUAAUUAAAUUCUUAAUUUAUUAAGGGAUUGGGAGAAAGCAGACAAAAGAAAGUAGUGUUUUCACUGUAAGAGAAAAAAAUAAGUCCAAUUUAAUUUAUAUUGUAUAUCACAAGUAAAUAAGCAAUUAAGAUUGCAUUUAUCCUUCAUUAUACGUAUGCACAUUAACUUAACAUUAAAAAAAAAACAACAAAGCAUGAAGGAUCUGAAAAGGCAAUUUAUUUAUUUAGUUAUGCAUUC